CAUCGAAUCCACGAACCUCAACUUCAUACUCGACAACAGUCGUCACCCGCCACCACUCGCAGCGACGUCAUUGGUGACUCCCGAACCCGUCAUAUCGAUCCAGUUGAUUUAUUGGUUCACCUGCGGUCGGCCCUGCCGGACGCGCUGCCAUGGCUUCUCUGGGAGCGUAUAUCAACAAAAAAGUGUUGAUCAUCACUGCCGAUUCAAGAAUACUGGUCGGCGAGCUCACGGCGGCCGACAACUCCACGAAUCUAGUCCUCAAGAGCGCCGUAGAGCGCAUUAUCCGAGAACCAGACGACGACGAGGCUUCGACCGUGAUCCCGCUCGGGCUAUACCUUGUGCGUGGAGACAAUGUGUGCUCCAUUGGGUUGGUGGACGAGAAGCUCGACGACAGCAUCAAUUGGACAGAGGUGAAAGGCUCACCGAUAGGCGGAAUCAAGCACAUAUGAUACGCGAAGAAAGUGACAACAAGCGAAAUGUUGCAUAGAGCAGGAAAACUACGACUGGCAUUAUUGUGGCGUUGGGGAGCAAAACUGAGAAAAUCAUUUCAAACUGGAGGACCUGUAGUUGUCUAUUUGUUAGGGGUAUGAAUUCUGCCCUAGAUAGCCGAAACUA